AUGGAUACAGCCCAUACUCUGAAGCGGAAGCGCGCCCGGUUGGCUUGCAAUCCCUGUCAGAAUCGCAAGCGAAAGUGUGAUGGCGGCGAACCAUGCGUUACGUGCACCGAAUGGGGCUACGACUGCUAUUAUGAAGCUCGCCAUAGGAAGUCUCGAGCAGCGAGGGUUCCCACGGAUCCUCAGCCCAGGCCGCAGUCUCCACCGCAGAGUGCCUCGGAUCCUAGCACCGUCGAGUCCGAUCGUUGCGGGCUAGUCCGGCGCCUGGAGGCCAACUCUGGGGCAGCGUUCGUAAGAAAGCUUGGCCUCAAAAUCGACCCCGCUAAAGCACCCAAGCUCAAUCUCUUCGGUUGGAAUAUUGGCACAAGACGAGUGUCAUCCCCAAUAACGUCGACUGCAGCUUUACCGAUCGUGGAAAUCACGUCGCUUGAGCACAUGAAAGCUCUGGCCCAGGUUUACUUCUCUAAAGUGGACCCAUGCUACGGGUUUAUCGAUCAGAACCUCUUUUUUGAUCGAUUGGCACUGCGAUGGCAAUCUCCCCUAAGAUCGGAAAUAUACGACAGCACGUUAGCUGGUGUGACCGCUCUUGGAUGUUUGUUCUCUCAACGGCACGCCACGAUUACGGAGCUCUAUCUUGUUCAGACAGCCCGUACCGUCUUAGAUAUGCAACACCUCGCCGGUCCUCCAUCUAUUGACCUCCUAACUGGAUGGGCCCUGCGGUCUGUCUACCUUCGAAUGACAGACUCGCCACAUUCCACAUGGAUCGCCAGUUCCACUUUAAUGCAUCUUGUCGAGGCUUCGGGACUCCACCCAGAAUCGCAUUCAGUCCUACCGCCGAGUGUGCAGUGCGAUCCAGAUAUUCAGAGACGGCUCGUUGGUAUUGCACACCACUUAAAUGUGUGGACAUCCUUCGAUCUUGGUCUUUCCCGAGUCUCUUUUCAGAAAAAUCUUCUUCCCUCGCUUCCAUCACCAAAGCCCGGUGACUAUACAGCUGAGAUUCUAGGGCUCCUCCCAGUGUCCGUCAGCUUAGAUCCGGGCAAGUCAAAAGAUGAGACAGAUCUCACAUCUACCCUGUCAAAUCUCCUAGACAGCAGCCAUACCCAGCCACCAUCGGUCCUGGCUCAAUGUAACCUUGUUCUCUGUAUCCUUCGACGUAUCCAUACCCAAAAUCAGGAUGUUUCUUCCAAGCUCGCGGCCAAGGUCUUACAGUUAUUGAAGAAAGGACUUGGAUGCGCACGAAGUAUGGUCAUAGACUGCGCCCCAUGGCAUCAGGUUGCCAACGUCCCUUUCCACAUCAUCUGCGUCCUUCUUGUCAUGGACACGCGUUCGUCUCUUACAAUGCUCCCGGAGGCAAUGCAAACGCUCAGCCUGGUCGCUUCCACGUACAACACUGAAACGAUGAGAGAGGCAUACAGCGCGGCCUGCUUGCUGCUCAUGUUGCAUCAGCAGCGCAGAAAGGAUGAUAUAGCGAUCUUUGGCGAAGCGCUCAACAUUCAUCAGCAGGACAGGCCAGUUGAAUCGCCGCCACAGCUCGACCCCGGCUCUGAGGAAUAUUCAUGGCUUGGGGCGCUUGUUGCCGAUUUGCCUGGUCUUCAAAGGGUCGAUCUGGAUCAGUUUUUGAAUGCGGAGAUGAUCGAUUCCUCGUUCUUCGGUGGGCCGAAUUAA